AUGGAAUCGGCCGAGCGCGCCUUCGAAGCGAUGAGUGCGCAAGGAGGCACGGGCGACGUGUACAUCGCCCACGUGCUGGAGAAGGCCGAGCGCGAACAAGAAGUGAUCUUCCUGGGCGCAUUCAAGUCUCGAAGAGACGCUGCGAGGGCGCUGGUUGAUCGAGCCAAGCACGAAUUUGCCCAAGCCAUGCAACGCGCAUACGAGGACAAUUCAUAUCAGGAACCUACCUUUCUGCUCGAAGGAGACAAUUUCUCGUUGCUUGUGGAAGAUGCGAUGCUACAACAGUUCAAGGUCACCGGGGUUCCACUGGCCUGA